AUGAACAUGAAGGAUAGAACUGCAGAAUUCUACGCCCUUGCAGAACGUAUCAAGAAGAGAGGCAACAACAAGAACAGGAAUAGUCCUGUCAUAGGCAAACAAAGCACCUCAACCACAAAAACACGCUCAGAAUUCUCCAGAUUAGCUGCUCAAUUAGGUCGCAAUAUUGCAGCAACUUCGGAAAAGCUAGAGCAGCUCACAUACUUGACCAGAUCAAACAACGGGUUUAACGAUAAUCCUACUGAAGUGAAUACAUUACAGCAAUCUUUGAAACAAGACAUUACAAAGUUGAAUAAUCAACUUAAAAUAUUACAAUCUGUAAAAAAUGGCACUAGAUCAACUUCGAAACAAGCUUCAGAACAUUCAAACAAUGUCAUCAUGUCUCUUCAAUCUAAAUUAGCAGAUACAUCAUUGGGCUUUAAAGAUAUAUUGGAAGCAGAGGUUGUCCAUCACAAUCAUGCGUCAGCGCAACCAUCCUCCUCACCACAACCACGCAGACGAGUCAAUGCACAUUCAUAUCGGGAUUCGCCCAACCCCACCACAGUACCUACUUAUGACGAUUCACCUCAAUCACUAGGUAUUCCCAUGAUAUCACAACAACAGCAACAGCAACAACAAAUGCUGGAGCGUAAUGACAGAAGAAUCGAGUCAAGAACAAAUGCCAUGGAAUCCAUUGAAAGUACCAUUGCAGAAUUGGGUGGCAUCUUUCAGCAGCUAGCUACCAUGGUGGCAGAACAAAGAGAGACUAUUCAAAGAAUCGAUCAAAAUACAGAUGACAUCGAGAUGAAUGUGCUGGGAGCUCAGAGCGAACUACUCAAGUACUAUCAGAAUAUAAGCACAAACAGGGCUUUGAUCAUCAAGAUUUUUGUCACCAUCAUCCUGUUCUUUUUGCUGUUCACAUAUAUCCUAUAA